AUGGCCAACGUAAUCUUACCCGAACCAUUCGCAAGCAUCCCAAGAGAGUCAUUCCUCUUCGGGCCAUCGCCAAUUCAACACUUGCCACGCAUGUCCAAGGAACUCGGUGGCAAAGUCAACAUUUACGCAAAACGAGAAGACUGCAACUCUGGCCUGGCGUACGGCGGAAACAAGACACGUAAACUCGAAUAUCUGGCCUCAGAGGCACUAUCCCAAGGAUGUGACACCCUCGUAUCAAUCGGCGGCAUUCAAUCCAACCACACACGCCAAGUAUCAGCCAUCGCCGCCAAGCUCGGCCUCAAAGCGGCCACCGUACAAGAACACUGGGUGGAUUGGCAGGACGCAGGCUACGAGAAAGUCGGCAACAUCCAGCUCUCGCGGCUCAUGGGCGCAGACGUCCACCUCGACCCCUCAACCUUUGGCAUCGAGCAUAAGACCACGCUGGCCAAGCUAACCGCCGACAUUGAAGCCAAGGGCAGCAAACCCUACUACAUUCCUGCAGGGGCGUCAGACCAUCCGCUAGGGGGCCUCGGUUUCGCGCGGUGGGCAUUCGAGGUGGAAGCGCAGGAAAAGGAAAUGGGCGUCUUCUUCGACACCAUCAUCGUCUGUGCUGUGACGGGGUCGACUUUCGCUGGCAUGAUCGCCGGGUUCAAACUCGCGCAGAAGUUAGGUUCUCCGCCGCGCAGGAUCAUCGGCGUAGACGCGUCGGGCAAGCCACAGGAAACCUUCGACCAGGUUCUGCGAAUUUCCAAGUUCACUGCUGCGAAGAUUGGGCUAUCUGAGGGGGACAUCACAGAAAAGGAUAUCAUUAUGAACAAUGACUACAAUGCCAAGAUUUACGGCAUUCCCGACGAGACUACCAUUGAGGCCAUGAAGUUUGGGGCUCGCACUGAGGCUUUCAUCACGGAUCCGGUCUACGAGGGGAAGAGUCUAGCUGGCUUGAUGGGACUUGUCAGGUCGGGCGAGAUUGCGUCCGGGAAUGUCCUGUACGCUCAUCUAGGUGGACAGUUGGCCUUGAAUGCGUACUCUGAGCUGGGCUUGUGA